GACUUCUCCCAAGAUUAGGACUCAAGAGAAGCUAGGCUCCGCUCUCCCUGUUUUUUGCUGCUGUCUGGAAAGCCUGUCUUUCUGCACCUAUUGCCCUCGGUGGCUGACUUCUCUCUCUCUGCCCCUCCCCCAGACUAACAGGCCGCAGGGACCGACCGGGAACUGAGUGGCUGCACUGUGGGCUUGCCUGCUCCUUUCCCUCCCCAUCCCUCCCCCUUGGUAGCAACGUCACCGCAGCCCAGCAGCCGCGGCGGCAGCAGCAAGAAGGCAGGCUGAGAUUGCGCAGCCUCCCUGCAUUAGCUAGGAUGCCAUUGUAUUAACAGAAAUCAGAUCUUAGAAUAUCAGCCCGGUUCCCCUGUGCGAUCUCGAGGACCAGUGAUUGAGCUGAGAUUGUCGAGGUAGAGCACGGCGGGCGUGCAGAAGGAACGGGGACCACCAGAUCCAGCUCCAGGCUCCUUGCAGAGGUGCCAAGCUCUCCUGAUGAAAUGUGUUCUGCCCCACUGGGCUCCAAAGGCAGUAUCUGGUGCUGUUGAUGCCCUUGUUGGAACUUUCCAGAAUGGAUAGCCCCCCUAAGCUGACUGGAGAGACCCUCAUCGUCCACCAUAUCCCCUUAGUGCACUGCCAAGUCCCAGACAGGCAGUGCUGCGGGGGUGCAGGUGGAGGCGGUGGGGGCACAAGAGCCAAUCCCUUCUGUCCCCCGGAAUUGGGCCUCACUCAGCCUGACCAAGACCUAGGCCAAGCUGACUCCCUUCUGUACAGCAGCCUGCACUCAGCGUCAGGGGCACCUACUCGGUCUUCAGACAGCGUCAAGACUAGGAGUCGGGAUGGACGAGGCCCUGGAGCUCCCAAACGGCACAAUCCCUUCUUGGUGCAGGAAGGUGUGGGUGAGACAGGACUCGGUGACCUGCAUGAUGGCAGCACUGGUGACAGUAUCACUCAGAAGUCCUUCCACCUGCACAGCACCAGCCAGCCCUUCCAUCUGUCUUCUUUCCAGCUGCCACCAUCUGGCCCCGGACAGGGCAGGCCGUGGGGUGCAACACGCAGUCGGCCUGGAGUGGUGGAGGGACAGGAACAGGACCCAGCGACAACCUUGGGGACCCAGUGCAGCACCAACCACUGCUGCCGGCCAGAGCUGGAAGCCGAGACAAUGGAGCUGGACGAGUGUGGGGGACACGGGGGCAGUGGCAGUGGAGGAGGGGCCAGCGAUACCUCUGGCUUCUCCUUUGAACAAGAGUGGAAACUCAGUUCCGACGAAUCCCCAAGACACCCUGGACGCUCCGGUUCAGGGGCCCAGCGCUGCCACUGCAGUAGCACCUCCAGUCAGUCGGAGGCAGCUGACCAGUCCAUGGGCUACGUCAGUGACUCCUCCUGUAACAGCUCCGACGGCGUGCUAGUCACGUUCAGCACCCUCUACAAUAAGAUGCACGGCAGCUCCCGUGCCAACCUCAACUCUGUCCCUCAGUCCUGCAGCGACUCUUCCUUCUGCAGCCACGCAGACCCUGGAGCCUUCUACCUGGACCUGCAACCCUCCCCGGCUGAGUCGAGAAUGUCUUGUGAGUCCCACCACCCUGAGAACGGAGACAGGGAAGAGGGCUGUGGAUGCCCUCAUGCCUCAUCCCCCGAGCUCGAUGCCAACUGCAACGCCUACCGCCCACACUGUGAGCCCUGCCCAGCUGUGGCUGACCUCACAGCCUGCUUCCAAAGCCAGGCCCGCCUUGUAGUGGCCACACAGAAUUACUAUAAACUUGUCACCUGUGACCUGUCCUCGCAAUCCUCCCCGAGCCCAGCUGGCUCGUCCAUCACCAGUUGCUCUGAAGAACACACCAAGAUAAGUCCUCCACCAGGCCCCGGCUCAGACCCAGACCCCAGCCAGCCCUCCGAGUAUUACCUCUUCCAGAAGCCAGACAUCCAGCCAGAGGAACAAGAAACUGUAGGUUCCUCAACAGAAGCAGCAACCGCCAUGGGCCCCACUGUACUUGAAGGGCAGGUGUACACAAAUACUUCCCCCCCCAACCUCAGCACUGGCCGGCAGCGCUCCCGAAGCUAUGAUCGAAGUCUGGACCGCAGCCCCACUAUGCGCUUGGGCUCACUGGAGCGCAUGCUGAGUUGCCCAGUACGCUUAAGCGAGGGUCCUGCAGCCCUAGCUGGGCCUGCUUCCCCACCCAGGAGAGUUACCUCUUUUGCUGAGUUGGCCAAAGGCCGGAAGAAAGCUGCAGGCUCUGGGUCCCCACCACUUAGAGUGAGCGUUGGAGAGUCUUCCCAGGAGUUCUCACCCAUCCAAGAAGCCCAACAAGACAGGGCAGGGCCAUCUGAGGAGGGCUCGCGAUGUAGCCAUAGCCUGCCGUCCAUGCCCUUGGGGCCAAGCCUGGACCUCCUUGGCCCAGAACCCUGGUCCACCCAGGUUUGCCAGGGUUCCCAGUCCAGUGAGAUGCCACUUCCUAGCCUCAGAGCUGCUGGGCAGGGACCCUUGGCCCAGCUAAUGGAUCCUGGGCCUGCUCUCCCAGGGAGCCCAGCCAACAGCCAUACCCAGAGGGAUGCAAGAGCCAGAGCCGACGGGGGUGGCACUGAAAGCCGACCUGUCCUUCGCUACAGCAAGGAACAGAGGCCGACCACCCUACCUAUCCAGCCGUUCGUGUUCCAGCAUCACUUCCCCAAGCAGCUGGCCAAGGCCCGGGCCCUCCACAGCCUUUCCCAGCUCUACAGCCUCUCAGGCUGCAGCCGCACACAGCAGCCUGCUCCACUGGUUAUCUCUACUGCUCAAGGCCCAGCCCCAGCUCCCUCAGGAGAUCCACAGGCGUUCACAUCCCAGACCACUGGCCGAGGCGCCAGAAACGCUGGACCUGAAUCAGAGACCUCAAGGCCUUCACCCCUGGGAAGCUACUCCCCAGUCCGGAGUGCUGGCCCCUUUGGGUCUAGCACUGACUCAUCUGCUUCUACCUCCUGCUCCCCACCUCCAGAGCAGGCCACAGCAGCAGAAAGUCUGCCACCAUGGAGCCACACCUGUCCUCCCACUGUGCGGCCUGCCACCUCCCAGCAUCCACUGGAGGACCGGAAGACUCCGACCUUGGCUGAGUACAGGCUUCAUGGCACAGGAAGCUUGCCACCUCUGGGCUCCUGGAGAUCUGGCUUCACCCGGGCAGAGAGUCUGGCUCGAGGAGGUGGCGAGGGCAGCAUGGCCUCCAGGCCCAACAAUGCCAACCACCUAUCCCCUCAAGCCCUCAAGUGGCGGGAAUACAGGAGGAAGAACCCAUUAGGGCCACCCGGUUUGUCAGGAAGCCUAGAUCGAAGGUCACAGGAAGCUCGGCUGGCCCGCAGGAACCCCAUCUUUGAGUUCCCCGGUUCUUUUGGCACAACCAGCCAUCUGAACUGCCGGCUGAAUGGUCAGAUUGCAAAGCCAUUGUCAUUGACCUGCCCUGACCUGCAGGACCCCUUCUCCUUAACUGAGAAGCCUCCAGCUGAGUUCUGUCUAUCUCCAGAUGGCAACUCGGAGGCCAUCUCCAUUGACAUCCUUCAGAAAAAAGGGCUGGUAAAAGCUGUCAACACCGCUGUGGACCUUAUUGUGGCCCAUUUUGGCACGAGCCGGGAUCCUGGCAUCAAGGCAAAGCUGGGCAACAGUUCUGUGAGCCCCAAUGUCGGCCACCUGGUUCUGAAGUACUUGUGCCCUGCAGUCCAGGCCGUGCUAGAGGAUGGGCUCAAGGCCUUCGUGCUGGAUGUGAUUAUUGGCCAACGUAAAAACAUGCCUUGGAGUGUGGUCGAGGCUUCCACACAGCUAGGCCCAUCCACCAAGGUCUUGCACGGCCUCUACAACAAAGUCAGCCAGUUCCCGGAACUCACCAGUCAUACUAUGCGCUUCAACGCCUUCAUCCUGGGCCUCCUCAACAUCCGGUCCCUGGAGUUCUGGUUUAAUCACCUGUACAACCAUGAAGAUAUCAUCCAGACCCACUACCAGCCCUGGGGCUUCCUGCGGGCCGCGCACACGGUGUGCCCUGGCCUCUUUGAGGAGCUGCUCUUGUUGCUGCAGCCCUUAGCCCUGCUGCCCUUCAGCCUGGACGUGCUAUUCCAGCACCGGCUGCUGCAGAGUGGGCGGCAGCAGCGGCAGCACAAGGAACUGCUGCGGGUGUCCCAGGACCUGCUGCUCUCUGCGCACUCAACACUGCAGUUGGCCAGGGCCCGGGGCCAGGAGGGCCCCGGAGACAUGGACAGGGUGGCUCCUGGGGAGCGGGUGAAGGGAGUGGGUGCCUCAGAAGGUGGAGAAGAGGAUGAGGAAGACGCGGAAGAGGUGGCUGUGGUGGCGGGGAGCUCGGAUCACGGCAAGUGGGCCCGAGGGGGUCAGGCUGGCUGGUGGUACCAGCUCAUGCAGAGCUCCCAGGUCUACAUCGACGGCACUGCUGAGGGCUCCAGGUUCCCUCGCAGCGGCAGCGGUGAGAAGAAGAAAGGUGUUGGCAGUGGGGGGCUGUCCCAGGCUCCACUCCCUCCGCCUCGGGAAGGUGUAGUAGAGGGGGCAGAGGCCUGCCCUGCCCCUGAGGAAGCCCUUGGCCAAGAAAGGGGCUGGCCUUUCUGGAUGGGGAGCCCCCCUGACUCUGUACUAGCUGAGCUGAGGCGUAGUCGCGAGAGGGAAGGGCCUGUUGCCCCACCAACAGAAAAUGAGGAAGGGACCGCAGAGCCUUCACCUGGGGGCAUCAAGUGGGGACAUCUCUUUGGUUCUCGAAAAGCUCAGCGGGAAGCCCGGCCCACAAACAGGCUGCCUUCAGACUGGCUGAGCCUGGACAAGUCUGUGUUCCAGCUAGUAGCACAGACAAUGGGGGCCCGUCGGGAGCCAGAGCCCAGAGAGAACCUGCAAGAGUCACACCCUCCAGCCGUGCCCUCCAAACCUCCGUGUGAGGUGCAGGCACUGUGCCACCAUCUGGCUACAGGCCCUGGACAACUGAGCUUCCACAAAGGAGAUAUCCUACGGGUGCUGGGACCAGCUGGAGGAGACUGGCUGCGAUGCAGCCGUGGCCCUGACACUGGCUUGGUACCUCUGGCCUAUGUGACAUUGACCCCAACUCCAAGUUCACCUACUAGGAGCAGCCAAAACUGAGGCCUUGUGCAUGCUGGUGGCCUCAGGGAGCCUCAUAUCCCCCGAGACUCAGCGCCUGAGAGUCCUUCCCAAGCCCUUAGGCUUGGCUACAAAAAGUAUGCGGAGAGCUGGGGACCAAGUAUCUGUGCUGGCGCCUGCUCCCCUUGCUCAGUAUUAAUUACCCCUCCUCAGUUGUCCGAGACCUCCAGCUGGGGAAGAAGGGGAGGGACACACAGUGCUGGGCUGUGCGUAGACAUUUCCAUGGGUGUAGACAAGUCUGGAAGGAGGUGGCCCAGAGGUCAUUUGUAGGUCACUAGGCCGAAUGAUAAUGAAGAUGGUUAACAGUAUUGGGGCCAGAGUCCUAAGCCCCCCCAUGCUGUAAAUAGGCAGCGACCAGUGCCUGGUCGUCAGAAUAGGGAGGAGGAGCCCAGGCUUCUGUUUAUGUAUUUAUUUAUUUAUUAUUUAUUUA